AUGUUUCUAUUUUCCUCGUUUGAUCAAUUGAAGUUAUUUACUCUUAUGGAAGGGAUUUAUGCCAAUAAUAAAAUUAUGGAAAUGAUAUCAAAUUUAAAUCUCGUUGACUUUUUAACGGUGUGGUUUAGAAAUGGUUCAAUGCAAGAAGACGUAGAUGAUAUAAGCAAAAAUGAAAGACUUUACACGCAAUGUGUAACAGUCUGA